GUACCAAUACCCCAGUCCAAAAAUAGCUUUUGGGGGCUUUUUUGAAGCUUGAUAUGAACUUCAUCUUAUUCAGCAUAUCGGAUUGCGUACUUGUACCAAACUUCAUGCUUUUAUCAUAACAUGCACAAUUCUACUGCUAUGCGUCUGCACUAUCAGGAAUCUCGAGAAAGCAAGUUGUUUGACAAAACGAAAAGUUUCCACAGCCAUAACUUUUUGCUUAUAGGUCAGAUCACAUUGCUCUUUUUAAAUCUUUUGCUCAGUUUUGCAUGCUCUUUCCGAUAGUAUCAUCAGAUUCGAAAGUUGAAAUUUUGCUGACCGUGUAUUUUUUCAUGCUUCCGGAAACGCAAUUUCCGGUCAUUUGCCAGAAUGUUCCUAGGGCUUAAAAUGAUCAGUGGCCUUUACUCUUAUGAUUUAAACUUUAAAAACUUCGGUUACCCAGUUUGCUAGAAUGUUAUGCAAAAUUCCCUGUCUAAUAAGUUAGUCUUUCUGUUGGAUUAUCUGAGAAAACAGCGAAGAACGAGUAUCUUUUGUGUGCUACUUAUUCAGGGCCUUGGCCUUUUGUCCUAGCCCAUCGCUCCACCAACGGGCUAGUUAUACACCGGUUAUUCCCCGUCCUAAGAAGAACCCUGGCCGUUACAAACAUUUAAAGAUUUGAAGGUGCAGUCAUUUCAAAAGGAGCGCAAUUGGCCAGUACUGAAAAUGAUCAUCGUUCAGCUUUUUAUCAAUGAGUCUAUUUCAUGAGAAUUUUCAAAUAUCUAGAAUGCCGGCUUUAUUCGCAAUUCGAAUUAAGCUUGGUAAUGAACAAAUGUCCUGAAUGGACAAAUAAUAUAUCGCUUAUAAAUCGUGGACAUGGACCUUCUAGUUUCUGAAUUUAUGGCAAAAUUGCGUUACAGUGAGGUGAAAUGAACAGUGGUGACAGUGAAUUAUUUUAGCAUGAAACUAGAGCCAUCUAAUCACAUAUUUUAUUUCUAUAAGAAAACGGAUUCCAGUUUCAAAGGUAGCAUGAAUUAGAACAAGAAAUAUUGUUUGGUAAUCAAUGAAUUCUGUUUUCAAAUGGAAAUAAUCUAAAGUAAAAAAGUUAUGCCUGAAAAGAGUAAACAUUUAGAUGAAUGAGCUAAUCUAAGCUUAUCUAAAGGUUUUGGUCGCAAAAAGUUCCUGCUCGCUUCGCUUGCAGGGGACCGUGUUUUCUAGGUUUGCCCCUGGGCCUCCAAAACCUUUCGGCGGCACUGACUGCCCGUCGCUCGGGCCAGAUCUCCUUCGAACGGAAGGAGCCAGUGGAACGGUAGCCUGUGUUCCAGACCCCUCUACUUUCAAGUUAAGGGUCUGGAGCACAGGCUAGUGGAACCGAAGGAGAUACAAAACGAAAGCGGAAGUACUCAAAUUUCGCAGACGACGAAAGUUGAAAUUCAGGUUUGUGUGAAAGAAAGAGAAUUAAGCAAUUAAGAAGAAGAUGGAAUACUAUAAAGUCAUGAAGACUCUAAUAGAUGAAAAAGCACUGAAAGCAGGAAGAUAUAUAGAUGUAUGGUCCAACUUUGAUAUUUUUCUCGAGAGGGCUAUUCUCAGGAUAGGUAGCCAUCCUGUAGAGAUGACUAAAAUUGAGUUCCUUAAAUGGACACAGAAGACUGCUCAAAGCAAAUAUGACAAAGUUCUUGAAAGUUAUACCUCAGCAUACCUAGGAUGGCAAUGUUAUCGUGCUGACAGAUUCGACGAGGCUAUCAAGUGGUUUCAAUGGGUCAUACUACUACAGUCUGUGAAAAAGUUUCCAAUUAUCUCUCUAAUAGCAGAAUCAAAUCUAGGUAUCGGAUAUGCAUAUUUUAAACUUAAGCAGUACGGAAAUGCCAUUUCUUAUUUAAAAAAUUCUUUAGAACAGUCUUUAGAAGUAUUUUACAAAGUUGAAAGAGCUUUUGUGGCAAUGGUGUAUCUAGGUGGUUGCUAUUCUGAAACAGAAAGGUUCGAUGAAGCCAUUACAUAUCUUCAUAAGGCAUUGGGAUAUUUUGAAUCAUUAAAUUGUGACUGGAAAUACACAAUAUCAUCAAGAUUGGGAAAGAUUUAUGCUAAAAAAGGAGAGUAUGAAGAAGCAGUUGAUUAUUUUGAAGAAGCGUUGAGACAUGGUAGCGAAAAAGAGCGUGCAGACAUAUUUUUGUGCCUAAGUAAAGCUACACUUGACUUGGGACUACUAGAAAAGGCCUUAACACAUGUCAAUAAUGCAAUAGAAAUUGGAAAGACUCUAGAUGAUCAUGCUCUCGUAAUAGAUGCUGAGAUACUCAAAGAUGAAAUUGAGAAGAUAACAAAGAAUGAAGUAAAAAAAGUAAAUGAGGAAAAAAAUGAGGAAGGAAAAGAAGAAGAAGAAAAGCUACCCAGACAUAUUAUUGAAGGCUUUGCUUGUCUCAUAUGUCUUGAAACUGCAGAGGAAGCCGUCGAAACUAGCUGCUGCCACAGCAUUUACUGCGAAAAAUGCUUAUCAGCUGUCAAGGGUACUUGCCCACAAUGCCGAAAACAAUUCACAGUGGAUAUUGCACAUGCUGUCCGAAGACUUAUAGGGAAUCUACCCACUCAAUGCUCUUUUGAUGGCUGUACUGCCAAAGUAACUCGGUCUGAGCGUAAAGACCACGAGAAAAGAUGUGAACACCGUCUGUACAAAUGCCCAGUACCUGAGUGUUUGUUUGAGGGACUGAAGAAAAUGUAUUUAACGCAUUUGAUUAGCGAACACGAAAAAGUUGUGAUUAAACAGGUUUCAUUCAUUGCCAAAAACGAAGAGACCAACCAAGAGACAGACGAUAGAAUUCAAAGAAAGACAAAUGAGGACGGGAAAGAGAGCAGGCUUGGUUCCACUGGGAAACAUUAUUGUGGUUAUGUUUUUGGUUCUUCAAGAUGCGAUUGUUGUGAUAUCUACUGUGGUCCUGAGAAUGGUUGCAACUGUGCCGCGUGCAUGAAACUGGACAUCAAGUCUUUCAAGCUCACCAAAGGCUGGUACGUCAACAGGGACGGAUGCGUAUGUCAACAAAACACAGAAAGUGGCAAUGUAUACUGUGGGCGACUUGCAAUAACACCUUCCGAGGAUUCAGAUGGGUUCUGUGGACCGGAUGUUGGUUCAAACUGUGAUGCCUGUCGCAUUUUGCAAAAUCAGUUGAGAGAUAGAUAUGCACAUAUCUGGGAGUAAUCUGGCUCUUGAGCAUUGUCCAAGGAGCUUUCAUUCAAGUGACAACUUUUUUAAGAGCUGCUGAUCGCUAUCAGUUUUUAUAAACCCACUUUUUUUUGUUCUCUGGAUAUUCUUAUUUAGAGUAUAGUCAAUAGAAGCCUGCGUGCAGACUUUACUCCUUCGCAAUUGAGCAUAACAGCUCUCGUUACUGUAACUGAUCUAUCGAUAAAUAUAUUCGAUCUCUUUUUAUAGUUACACGUAUAAACAUCGAGUGCAAAAACAAGAAAAACUCGGAAAAAAUUGCUUAAGAACAAUCGACAUAUUUUCUUGUUCAACUGUUUCAUAGGCACAAGAUGCAAUAAGACAACUAUAAUAUGUAAGGAUUUAAGUUAAUAUAAAGGUAUCAUUCUUUCGAUAUUAAUGCAUUACCUAUGAGUUAUUGUUAGGGUAUCAUCAUUGUCGAUAUUAUGUAAUUUGUCAUGAGCAAACGUUCAGGUAUCGUUAUUUCUAAUAUUAUGCCUUUAGCUAUGAGUUAUUGUUAGGGUAUCAUCAUUUUCGUUAUUAUGUAAUUUGUCAUGAGCAAUCGUUGAGGUAUCGUUAUUUCUAAUAUGAUGCGUUUAGCUAUGAGUUAUUGUUAGGGUAUCAUCAUUUUCGUUAUUAUGUAAUUUGUCAUGAGUAAUCGUUGAGGUAUCGUUAUUUCUAUUAUGAUACGUUUAGCUAUGAGUUAUUGUUAGGGUAUCAUCAUUUUCCUUAUUAUGUAAUUUGUCAUGAGUAAUCGUUGAGGUAUCGUUAUUUCUAAUAUUAUGCCUUUAGCUAUGAGUUAUUGUUAGGGUUUCAUCAUUUUCCUUAUUAUGUAAUUUGUCAUGAGUAAUCGUUGAGGUAUCGUUAUUUCUAAUAUGAUGCGUUUAGCUAUGAGUUAUUGUUAGGGUAUCAUCAUUGUCGAUAUUAUGUAAUUUGUCAUGAGUAAUCGUUGAGGUAUCGUUAUUUCUAAUAUUAUGCCUUUAGCUAUGAGUUAUUGUUAGGGUUUCAUCAUUGUCGAUAUUAUGUAAUUUGUCAUGAGCAAUCGUUGAGGUA